AUGUCCGAUGAGGCGGUACCUCCAGCAAACGGCGUAAUUGACGCUGGCAGCGCUAGCAAUGCAAGCAAUGCUGGCGUUGCUGUAGAAGAAACCGCGACCCCUGUGGAGCCUCAACCCUUCUCUUGGCUCCAGCCACACCCACUUUUCGUUAUUGCUCUGAUCGGCCCAGAGGAGACACCUUUCGGUAUUCAAAAGGAUUUUUUGUGUUCCAAGUCCACCUUUUACAAGAAAUAUUUCGACGAGACCCCCGACGGCCUCGAGAACCUCGUCAGGUUGCCUGAUACUCCCGUCGAAGUCUUUGCCUACGCCCAAAAUUUCCUCUACACUGGACAGGUCUUCCCUAGUCUCGACAACCUACCAACCUACGAGGUGCUCAUCGGCGUCUGGAAGCUGGGGAACGAGCUGGGCAUCGAAGGGCUCUGCGAUGCCACACUCGACGCCAUGACCGAGUGCCGUCGUGUGACGGAGCACAUCCCCGCCACUCCACUCCUGGUACAGGUUUGGAAGGACACCCCCGAGGGAUCCUCGAUCCGCAAACUCCUCCUCUCGUGGGCCGCCGAGUAUAUGAGAUCCAGUGAGUCCCGUGCCGAGUUCGCCCGGUCCCUCCCUCAGGAGGUGUUGAGCGAGCUGGUGGUGGCCAUGAGCUCCUUGGACUUGCCGCCGAUUCCAAUUGACGCGAUUGCGGCUUCUGGUGCCCAGCGAAGUUCGGCACCGCAUGAGCUGAACGAGGCCGCCGAAGGGCGGCCGUCGAAGAAGCGCCGUGCGUCGGAUGCCGGACUUAACGGAACCUCCACGGUCACCGCUGCCCAAGCUACUGUCCGAAAGCCGGGACCGAGGCCGUUGUUACCGGCAAUCAAACCGGGGCCAAAACCGGGAUCCAAACGCAGAGCUAGCGGAGCUGUCAACGGAGCCCAACCGUUUUCCGCCAACCAAAAGCUCAAUUUUUGCGCCGACCUCCUCUCGCGGAUGCUUUCCGGGCCAGGCUUCUGGACGCGCGUAGUAGGCCCCUUCAAAGACCCCGUCGACCCGGAGCGCGAUGGCGUGCCUGACUACUUGACGGUAGUCAAGAACCCGAUGGACCUGAUGACGAUGAAGGCCAAGAUGGAUGGGCGGCAGUAUGCCGAUGAGACCGAGUUCCUCGCCGACAUGAACCAGAUCUUCACCAAUUGUUACACGUACUGGCGCGAGCAGGACCCAAUGUGGGCAGCGUGCGAGAAGCUGCAGAAAUCGUUUGAGGAUAAGUUCGGGCAGAUGAACAAGUGGAUCGCCAAGAUGGAGGGCGACGAGGGGAACUAG